CAUCAGAGAAAAGUUAACUGAGAGACUUUGUCAGAAAACCUCCACUUGCAUCUCCUUCUGGACUACACAGAACAUGGCUGGACUGAGUGACAAGAUGUUCUGCUGCCAUUGGGUCCGCAACAAGGUUCCCCUGGCCCACAGGGAAGAACUGUACCACAUCCUGAAGAUGACAGGGCCUCUGCUGUUGUCUCGGAUCCUCAACUAUCUACUUCCAUUUGUGAUAACCAUGUUCUGUGGCCGCCUGGGCAACGAGGUGAUGGCCGGCUACGGAUUGGCGUCUGCUACCAUCAACGUGACCACGGCAGCAACAGGAUUCGGUCUGAGUCUGGCGUGCGACACCUUGGUGUCUCAGACCUUCGGGGGCAAGAACCUGUUGGGCGUGGGCGUGAUCCUUCAACGCAGCGUGCUCAUCCUGCUGCUCUUCUGCCUGCCCUGCUGGGCUCUGCUCCUCAACGCCCGGCCCGUCCUGCUGAUCCUGGGCCAGGACCCCGAGGUGACCCGGAUAGCACACCUGUACAUCCUGGCCUCCCUGCCAGCUGUGCCAGCCAUGUUUCUGCACAACCUGCAAGUGUCUUACCUGCAGAACCAGGGUAUAAUACUACCACAAAUGUACACUGCAGCCAUGGCAAAUGUUGCCAACGUGAUGAUGAACUACAUCUUUUUGUACGGGCUGGAUCUCGGGGUCAGUGGAUCUGCGGCCGCCAACGGCCUCUCUCAGAUCUGCAUCUGCACUUUCCUGUUUGCUUACAUCCGCUGGAAGAAGCUGCAUGAAACAACGUGGGGAGGUUGGUCUGCAGAAUGUCUGCAAGAGUGGGGCCCCUACAUGAAGUUGGCCCUUCCCAGCAUGCUCAUGAAGUGCUUCGAGUGGUGGGUCUACGAGUUUGGAGGAUUCUUUGCAGGCAUGAUGAGUAAAGACGAGCUGGCCGCCCAACACGCUGUGAUGAUGGUCACCUUACUCACCUACAUGUUCCCUUUCAGCAUCCAAGCUGCAGCGUGCGCCCGGGUGGGCAACGCCCUGGGUGCUGGGGACACGGGCAGAGCCAUCCUCACCUGCAAGGUGUCCCUCACCCUCGCAGGUGCGCUCGCAGUUGUUGAAGGUGUGCUGCUCGCCUCCACCAAGACUGUCAUCGGCUUCAUAUUUACCAGCGAUCAGAAGAUCAUCAGUCUGGUCUCUCACUUGAUGAACGCUUACUGCUUCCUGCAGUUCUUUGAUGGCCAGGUGUGUGUGUGCACUGGCAUCUUCUUGGGCACAGGGAAGCAGAACAUUCCGGCCGUGGCUAACUUCAUCGGCUACUACUGUAUCGGCCUGACACUCAGCGUCACACUCAUGUUUGUGGCAAAGCUGAGAAUUCUAGGCUUCUGGCUGGGGAUUCUAAUUUGUGUCAUCUUGCAGUCCACAUUUUACAUUAUCGUCAUCUUCAAACUGGACUGGGGCAGGAUGACAGAGGAGGCUGUAAAGCGAGCCCAGAAGAGCAGCCAUGUGGCCCUCCUAAGUUCUGCUGUACAGGACCAGCACCAGCCCGUCAGGUCCGAGGCCGACGCUGAGCAUCUGUCACCCGGCCAGCUGCUCCUCAGGCGUGGCCUGACUCUGUUUGCCGCUCUUGCUCUCCUGGCUGCGGGUGCAGGUGUGCACUACUUGGUUCCUCUACCACAGACCUUGCACCCCAACGCUAAUCAGACUACAACCCCCUGGAGUAAUGGCAGUUACACUCCUGAUUAGGCUUGCAAAAUUUCGGGAAUAUUCAAAAUUGGAAAACUUUCCAUGGGAUUAUAUGGGAACUGAAUGGGAAUAAACAUUGAAUGCAACAUGCUAGAUCUUAUUAGCUAAAACAACCUGAUUUAAUGGAAAUUCAGUUGAAUUUCAACCCUGGACUGUGCAUUCCUCAAUCACAUGUGCAGUGCAUUCUUCCAUUGAUUGAUUUGAAACUUUUAUUAGUAGAUUGCACAGUACAGUACAUAUUCAGUACAAUUGACCACUAAAUGGUAACACCCCAAUACAUUUUUCAACUUGUUUAAAUUGGGGUCCACGUUCAUCAAUUCAUGGUAAUCACAUGCUCAGAUAAUUCCCAGCAUGCUCCACACUACAGCGGGGCUAUUGAGGGCCACACUAGUAUUUGAGCCCAAGGACUUCAUCCAGUCAGGAAAGUGUUGAUAUUACUGGGGUCGAUAUAGCCCUGAUGCUAAUUUUCUCUAUGUUAAAUUCCAUUCUUUUAUGCUAACAACGUUAGUGAUCCGAAACUAAAUUCAACUCGCAAAUAGUAAAUCAAAAGGUUUAGUUUCCUCUGCCUUCUGUUCUGCUAGCCCAGGAGUAGGGAACCUGUGGCUCUUUUGAUGACUGCACCUGGCUCUCAGAUAAAUCUUAGCUGACGUUGCUUAACACGAUAAGAAAUGAAUAAUUCCGCUGGUAAUCACAGUGUUAAAAAUAACGUUCAAAAUUUAAAACAUUCUCAUGCAUUUUAAUCUAUCCAUCCGUUUCUACCACGUCUGUUCAAGAAGUCACAUUAAUGGUCAAAAGUAUUUCAUUAAUUAUUGGUUAGCUUCAGAAUAACAAUGUCAUUAAAAAGAAUAAGAGAUGCAGGCAUUAAGUUGUUAUAAUGAGGGAAAGUCCAAAUGAAAGAGGAGACGUAGAAUUCUCUUGUCAGACCGCGGGACGACACUGUUCAAGGGUCCAGGUCAACGGGUUUCUCCUUAUUGAGCUAAAUUGAAUCCAGUCUCUGUUUAAUUCCUUGCUUCUUGUCUGUUUGAUAAAUGUCAUCAGUGUUUGAACCUGACAGUUAUAUGGCUCUCACGGAAAUACAUUUUAAAAUAUUUGGCUUUCAAGGCUCUCAGCCAAAAAGGUUCCCGACCCCUGUGCUAGCCGUUCUGUUGUCAUACAAGAAUGUAGCUUAUAGUUUGAUUUAGCAUGCUGAUUGACUGUUCAUUUAUUCAUUUAGCCUAUUUCUAUUCAUUUGUCCAUCAGUAGAAUAUAUUUAAAGACUACUCCAGUUGUUAAGCGGAAUAUUUAUAUCUGUGUGUGCAUUAUUUUACAGGAAAAAAGAAAUACAAAUAUUGUACUUCCCAUGGACGGUGUCCAACUUUGAAUAAUCCAAAAAUGGUAGACAUUUCCAAACUUUCCCAAGCAGUCAGAUUGAAAAGUUGAUCGGAUUUAUUGUUCAGUGAUUCUUACAGUUGACAUUAGUGCCGCUAGUUCCUGCAGCUGUAGAUAUUUCUUUCCUCUGAGAUGUACUUUUUGUUGUAUUUAAUACAGAGAAGUGAUUCUGUUGCAAAAUUGAAUAAACUUGACUCAUACA